AUGGCCUACUCUGCCGAACUUCGCCUCGCCUUGCGCGCCGUACACCGGGCGUCUCUGCUCACCAAAUCCGUUCUCCGCAGUCUCUCCAACAACGUGUCUGCGGAGACCAAAGCAGACGACAGUCCCGUUACGAUCGCGGAUUUCGCCGCUCAAGCUCUCCUAAUCUCCGCUUUGCAUGCUGCCUACCCCACAGAUGCGUUUUUGGGCGAGGAGAGCGCUGAUGCAUUGCGUCAGAACGAGGCACUGGCUGACCGCGUUUGGCAGCUUGUGCAACAGGCGAGGAGCGAGUCUCUUGAAGGCGGCACCGAGAGUGGUAAAGGAGACGGAAGCUCGGUACAGGUUGAGGAGCUGGCUUCUCCGAAGAGUAAAGAAGAGAUGUUUGAGCUUAUUGAUCGGGGAGGUAAAGGAGAGAUCACGAGAAGAGGCCGAGUAUGGGUCAUGGAUCCCGUGGAUGGCACAGCGACGUUCAUGCAAGGCCAACAAUACGCCGUUUGCCUUUGCCUGCUCGUUGAUGGCGUGCAACAAGUUGGAGUGAUUGCUUGCCCCAACCUCGCAUUUCCUAUUCAAGAAACUCUCGGCCAAACUUCAAUUCACGAAGAUCGUGUCGACACAGAUGGUUUUGGCGUAGUACUAUCUGCCGUCAAAGGACAAGGCACCUUUGUCCGCUCUAUGAACGCUUCUGCUUCUGCGGGACUAGGAGAACCCCGGCACGUAGAUUUGACCACUCUACCUCAAAAGAAGCCUUCCGAGCUAAAUUUUGUCGAAGCAACACUAGGCAAAACAUCGCUGUCGCAAUCUGAGCACAAUGCUGUUGCUACGUCACUUAGUGCCCAAUGGCCAGGCACGAUUCUCUGGUCUCAGCAAAUGAAAUACGUGGCUCUUACCCUUGGUGCUACGGAUGUCAUGGUGCGCAUUCCUAAGACCCUGGACCGCUUUACUUAUAUUUGGGAUCACGCUGGUGGCCAUCUCCUUUUCCAAGAAGCAGGCGGAGUUAUUAGCGACUUCAAGGGUGAACAAAUUGACUUUGCAAACGGACGAAAGAUCAAAGGAGAGCGGAAUUGGGGUAUGAUUGCCUGUAUGCCUGGAUCGUUUGAAGAGGUUGGAAAGGCAGUAAUGGAGGUACUGAAAAAGAGAGAUAGCUAA